AUGGAAGAUUACACUCCGGUAGACGAGGACUUUCCUGGUCGGCUUUUGCACCAAGCAGCAUUGUGGGACAACGCGGAGCUGCUGGAAGACCUUCUUGGCGGUGAGCAUGCCCAGUAUAUAAACAACCAGGACUCGUGGGGCCGCGCUCCGCUGCAUGCAGCCGCGAUAACUGAAAACUCUAGAUGUCUCGGAGUAUUAUUAUCAGCUGGAGCAAACCCGAACAUUCCCUGCGGCCCACGAGGUCAGUACCGAACUCCACUGCACGUCUGCGCGGAGCACGGCCACUCUGGGAACAUAAAAAAACUGCUGGAGUACAACGUCAACCUGGGAGCCGUGGACGCGAACAAUCUCAACCCUCUGGCAAUUGCUGAGAAGAAUAAUGACACUACUUGUGUAAUUCUGCUGGAAAAAGCAGCUGAGAAGUAUGAACUAGCCCGAGCAGCGACUCACGCUACUCUAAGGGCGGCUUGUAUCCAGGGUGACACCGUUGCGGUGAGAAGUAUCAUUCAAAAUUGCGACUGCUUUGAGUUUGUUGUUAACAUGGCGCCCAAUGGGGCCAACACUUUGCUUUUUGUAGCCUCAGAACUCGGUCACAGGGACAUAGUCCGUCUUCUGCUGGACAACGGAGCAGACUGUCGCAGUCAUCCCGUGACAAAGUACUGUCCUCUGUACAUCGCUUGCUACAACGGGAAGCUGGAGAUUGUUGAGCUCCUGCUCCGGUACUUUCCGAAGCAAAUCCAGUCGCUGACUGUUGAAAGAUGGUUGCCGAUCCACGCAGCAGCGAUUAAUGGUCACCAUGCUGUCGUGGAUUUGUUGCUCAAGUUCGAGUAUCCUCAGCACCUGAACCAGCGCUUCAAGGAUCCGUCCAGUGAGUUCGAGUACGAGAUGACGUUUGACAUCAACACCCAAGACGUCACCGGUCAGAACGUUCUCUACAUCGUCAGCGUGCUCGGUAAUGUUAAAAUAGUUGAGCUUCUGCUUAAUUUUAGAGUUAAGUCUAACAAAAUUAAGACCGAAGAAGGCAUCAGUCAGCCGAUAUCGGUCUCCAAGCGCAGGAUCUCCAGUGGAAUUCAGAGACUGAUGUCCAGUCUUAAUUUCCGCAGCAAGAAUAGUGACAAGAGAGACGAUAAUUUGAUCUCGCCGAUUAAUCUGGAUAUUUACUGCAACAACAGCUCAGAAACUGCCCUGCAUGCUGCUGUCAAGACGGGUCACACGGAGGUUGUUGCAGCGUUGCUUCAGGCGGGGGCUAACCCCAACCUGCCCAUCAAUAUUAAACUAAAUGAUGGAAGCACUAGUAGUGCUAGCAGUACUGACAACAACGAGGGAAUUACCAGUGUACUGACAAUAGCGUGCCAAAAUCGCGAUGUCAAGAUCACUGACUUGUUGCUGAAGCACGGCGCAGUGGACAAUGACUGCAGAGCGCUUAAAAUUGCAGCACAGAAUCGCGAUGAAGUUCUCACUGCAAAACUGCUGUCUAUAAAAGCGCAUCCUGAUCCAGAGUAUAAGAUCAACAAAAAAGCAAUGACUGAAGGAACGCAAACCUCCCAUUUCUCAGCAUUGUCCAGUUUUGGAAAUGUUACCUACCCGUCAUUGUUCCCCAACACGCCUACGAUGAUUAAUUGGCAUGAUCAGCAGUGCAGGCUGUCUCAGAUUCGAGGGCAAUGGCUGAUAGACGCGGUGCUUCAUGUUAAUAAAAAGUUGAGUGUGAAGAACAAUGAUCUGGUGCUCUACGCCAUAACUAGGAUCGAUAUUUCUCACAAUUCUAUAACGACCGUACCGUCGCUGAUUUUUUAUCUCCAGAGCUUGAAGUAUUUGAACAUGGCGCAGAAUAAAAUAGACAAUUUAGUUGCCGAGCCGAGUAAUCCUCGGGAGAAAUUGUGUCCUGUGUUGGAAGAAAUUUACUUACAGGACAACCGGCUUGAAACGUUGCCGAAUUUCUUGAUGAACUUGCCAGCACUUGAAAUAAUUGAUGUUUCCAAUAACAAAUUGCAGUGCUUGCCGGAUAAUUUGUGGCAAGCACCAAAGUUAAAAGAGUUGAACGCAUCUUUUAACCUUCUCAGGGACUUACCUAGUCAGGUAUCGCAGAAUAUUUCCCGGCGAGUUCAGCGUGACGAUAUACUGAGCAACAGUCCAAGCAGCAGAAGUAUAAACUCCCAGUUGGGAAUCCCUCACGAAGAUUCCACGGAAUUUGAGUCUUUUAUCAAGCUAGCCAACGCUCAGAUAAUUGAAUUGGAAAGGCCGCAUGUUUGGACAGAAUCCGUUCAAGUAACUGAGAAAAUUUCUGACGACACAGAGCCAGGAACUAGAUCCGUGCUGACGUCGUUAAACUUGGCGCAUAAUUUAUUCACCAGCGUUCCAGUGGCUUUGCCAUGUUUGGCGGUCAAUCUGAUAAGACUCAACAUGGCGUAUAAUUCUCUGAGGUCAAUGAGUCAUAUAACCUCUUACCCAGCUAGUCUGAAACAACUGGACCUGUCGAACAAUCAGAUUUCAUGCUGGCCAAGUCUACCUCAGGUCGACGGAGCAGAUCUAAUGGAGCAGGCCUCGACUGCUUGUUACUGUCCAGCGACCAACAUUCAGUCGCCGAUGGUGUCCAACAACAGGCAAACAACAACCUCAUUGAGGGACGUUGUCUUAAUGUCUGUUUGCACCCACCGGAGACACCUGAGGCUGGAAAAUUUGAGAACGUUGGUGCUGGCCAACAAUUCUCUGACCAGGAUCCAGCUGACUUCAGUCGAUGACGGAGAGUCUCCGAAUGUCGAGGAAGAAAGCAUCGACCGAGACACAAAAAUCGCGUACUCUGGAUCUAAACUGUACUUGUUAUUCCCCAACGUCAGCAUGCUCGAUGUCAGCAGUAACCAGUUGAAGGAGAUCCCGCUCAACAUUUACGAGCUGAACAAUCUCUCGGUUCUGAACAUCAGCGGGAAUGCUGAGAUUACGGAACUGCCUCCUCAGAUGGGUCUUUUGUCGAGGCUGUGGAAUCUCAACACCCAGGGCUGUCGACUUCAGGAACCAUUAAAGUCGAUGAUUGAGUCCAAGAAGUACAAGACCAUGGACGUCGUUGGUUACCUCAAGUCAGUACUAGAGGACGCAAAACCCUACGCUAGGAUGAAGCUCAUGAUUGUAGGUAUCCAAGGAAUUGGCAAGACCAGUCUGUUGGAGCAACUUAGGCAAGAAGGCGAGGUCCCAAAUAAAAAGAAAGCUUCUGAACACUGGACCAAGAGAAUGGGCAACAAGAAUAUCAAUACAAAGACUGCUAAAGGUACCACCAUCUCCACCGUUGGUGUAGACAUUGGAGACUGGAUUUACGAGAAAAAAGUCCGUGGGCAGUCCUCUCAUGGACCUGUUUACUUCCGGACCUGGGACUUUGGCGGGCAAAAAGAGUACUAUGCCACCCAUCAGUACUUUUUGUCGAAACGCAGUCUUUAUAUUGUCGUCUGGAAGAUUAUUGAUGGUCUCAAGGGCAUCAAUGAGAUAUUCCAAUGGUUAGUGAACAUCCAAAGUCGCGCUCCAAACUCUCCUGUAAUUAUUGUCGGGACUCACUACGACGUUUCUAAUGAACAGAGCGAGUCACUUCAGCAAUACAUUCGCGAAAAGUUCAUUAACGUAGUGGACGCUGAGAAGUGCGGGCUGCCGAAAGUGAUGGAGACUAUUGAAAUCAGCUGCAAGACCAGGCACAAUAUUAAGAUGCUUUGUAAUCUGAUUUACGAUGUCGUUUUCAGUCUAAGGUCACCCGGAAGCAAGGAACUGUUGCUGGAGCAACGAGUUCCAGCCAGUUAUCUUGCUCUGGAGGAUGUCGUAGUCCAAUUGGCGCAUGACAGAAAGCUUUCUGGAGCAGAUCCGGUCUUAAAAGCCGACCAGUACUACGCAGCAGUCAAUAAUGAGCUUCACAAACUUCACAGGUCGUUUCGAGACCCAGCAGAGUUGCAUCAGGCGACGCUCUUUCUUCAUGAAAACGGAAUCAUUUUGCACUACGACGACGCAACGCUUCGUGAUUUGUAUUUUCUUGAUCCUCAAUGGCUCUGCGAUAUGCUAGCUCAUGUAGUGACCAUUCGCGAGAUAAAUCCCUUCGCCAGGUGCGGAAUCAUGAAGCUAGAUGACAUUCAGCAUGUCUUCAAGUCAUCCACAAUGUCCUCGACAGACACUCAGGGUUAUAUUGUUAGCUUGCUGAACAAGUUCGAGGUGGCGCUGACCUGGGACUAUCGAACUCUGCUGAUACCAACUUUGUUACCGACAGAGGAAGAUAUCCUGAGGAACAAUCAAUUGAUUAAAAUUCCCGUAAAAACUCGGAGCUGGCACGUCAGAUCCAAAAAGAUAUCCACGCCGACAACACCCUCUUCUGGGAUUUCAAUGGAGAAAAAUAGCAGGAACUGUUCGCUUACAUCAAGACCCCAACCAGACUGCUCGGUCACUCGACUGCUUCUGAUGUCCUAUUUUCCAAGUGGAUUCUGGUCGAGACUUAUUACCAGGAUACUCGCCGACGACGCUAUCGUGGAGAUAGUAAUGUCGUUUAUCUCCCCGUUCAAACAAAUUGUUGAUGAAAGUGUAUUUUCUGCGCUGACCGAUACCCACGCAGAAUGGGUGCUCUGGCAAACAGGUCUCGAGCUUCGGUAUGCAGGUGUGACUCUUCUCAGGCUAAAAGAGGUCAAUUAUAAUCUGAAAAACACACCUUACGACUACAGACAGUUCAAAUUCAAGCUCAAGCAGGACGGAAUUUGGUGUACCGUUGAUCUGAAGAACUCGGCGAUUUUAGAAAUUUGGUUCCCAGUUGAUACUUUGGUGAUAAAACAGCCAAUCUUAUCCGAUUCUGUGGAUGAUGAACCCAUAGGCUACCAGGCGAUUGUCGUCGAACCAAGACCAGAGAGCAUGCCUCAAUUAUUGGCGCUGAUUGUCGACCACAUUGACAUUUUAUUAGAAGACUGGUAUCCAACUUUGGGAACCAGGUUUGUUCAUACUUCUGAAGGAAAGUUGUUAGUGACCAGGUUGAUACCUUGCCCGCGCUGUCUUUUGAAUAACGGUGACCAUGAAGAAACUAGCGAUCAGGAUCCUGAAGACAUUCCCAAGUUUUUCAUGAACAACCGGGAACGGCAGAGCCAGGAUAGUUACAAAUCAGACGGUGAUAGUGGCGUAGGCUACGACAGUUCAGCCUCCAGCAGAAUGCCAUCCUUGGAAGGGCAUCCUGAUUUAAUUCGCCAGUAUCCUAAACCUGAAGCGACCUCACGAUUGCUGGAUGACAAUGUAAAUGGAGAUGAAAUAUGGCUGGGACACAACAACGGGGAAGUUGACAUGCUGUUGGGGACAGAAAAAGGUUGGCUGCAGCACGUCAGAAUAGAAACACCCGUUAUUCCGUACGCAAUGUGCGGGCUCGACGGCUACAUUUGGAUUGGAGACAAUGCUGGACAGAUUCACGUCUACCUGGGAAGUAACUUUGGCUGUGUAGGAAGCUAUAAUCUUGAACCUGAUCAUUAUACCGACUCCAAGGUCAUUGGUUUGAUCCACCUCGAGCAGCUCAAGCAAUUUGCGGUCGCGUUGUACAGUGGGAAGAUUUAUUUGCUCAACAACAAUUUCACGCAGAUGAAAAAGACAGAGAUAGAGACUAAAGUUGUUGGUAAUAUUAAAACUUACUCGUUGACUGCGGUUCAUCGUCGAAGGCGGGUUCUCGAGCUGUGGACCGGUCAGAGCUUCGGAAGAAUAACCAUCUACGUUCUCAAGGACUCCAACUUGGUGGACACCUGUGAAUUGAUCCACAUUCCCAAUGAAACUGCAAGUAAAAAUUUAUUCGCUACUUAUUUAUUGAGCGCUGAAAACUCGGUGCUUAGUUAUACUUACCCUGGGUGCAUCGUCUACCAGUGGGAUGUUGAAACUCGUCAGAUUAUCAACAAACUUGACAUGUCCAAGUUGGUUCCUUGCUCCGAGAGCCUCAAGUCUAUUUCCAUUGAAGAAAACUUGACUACCGAACGCUGCCAAGUGACGGCUUUGGAGGCCUGUUCCAAUCAGCUGUACAUUGGAACUACUUGGGGGUGCAUCGCAGUCGCUGAGUGCAAUUCUUUGAGGCCAAUCACCGUUUUUAGGCCAUUUGAGGGCAAAGUGUGCCAAAUAGUUGCCUUGAAAUCCAAUGACAAAAAGAAAUUGUUCCUCGCUACUGUCGGGCAGGGAUACCGUAGCUUAAUUUCACGAUACACUGAUUAUCCGUUGGAUUGUCUGCUCGCUGAAGAUCUUAAACAUAACAUGUACACUUUAUUGUGGAGGUCCGAGCAUUGGUCAGCUGCCUAG